AUGAGGUCAGAAAUAUCUGGAGGCUACCAGCAAGCGGCUUCGGCAGAGGAGGCCCUCCAGCGGCUGCAGGAACUGGAAACGGAGCGCCGGCGCUUGGCUGCGGAUUUGGUCGCGCAGCGGACGCUGCGUGCCUCGUUGCUGGCCUGCAAAGUGUUCUUGUUGCUGGCACUGGUAGGCGACUCCACACGAAGCUUGCGGGGAGUCAUGCAAAGUGCCACUGAGCCGCCCCACGGGCUCACGCUUGACGCUUCGCACCUGUCACUUCAGUCUGCACCACUUCUGGAAACUGUGAACUGGUUGCUGCAAGCGGUGCACGAGCAGCGCGCGUCAUUGGGCCAGCUCAGCAUCGAGAUAGAGUCGAUCCAGGCAUCUGCAAAGUCACACGGAGGCCCGGGCGCAGGACUGGCAGCAGAGAUCGCAGCAGACUACACCAAAGACGUGAUUGAGAAAGUGCAGAGUCGAGCCGCGUCGGAAGUCGAUGUGGAGGAGGUCCCGAAUGUGCCGCCCGAAGCAGGAGGCGCGUUGGAGGCUGUGCCGGAGCCGCCGGAGUUGCAGGCCGUCGGUGAGCCUGAUGCUGCUCUUGGCGCCGCCGAUAAUCUACAGGCCAUCAUUUCCCAAGAGCUCGUGCGACUGGAGGCAGAGUUGAAGAUGCAGCUCACCCAGCAGCUUGAAGAGACAUGCCGCGCUGUUGUGGCAGAAGCCUUGGCGCCGAACGAAGUCUCCUUGAACCAGGAGCAGGCCAACGCUUCUGAGGAGGCUGCCGUUGCGGAGGCCGCGGAUGCUGAACCGAAUGCAGGGGAUGCCGCCGAGAUGACAGCGGAGCUCACAGCCACACCGGAAAAGUCCCCCCUCCAGGAGCUCCAAGAGCAGGUCUCUGCUCUCGAGGCAGCGGUGGCAGAGCUGAGGCGGCCUGCGACCGCAGAGGAUCCGGACUCCGGCGAUCCCAUGGCGCAGCCAGAAACCGGGGCUGCAUCUGUGGCACCAGCAUCGCAGCUAGAGGUGCGCAUGGGAAGCAUGGAGGCCAAGGUGCGGGACUUAGCUGCUGCAGUGGAGACCCUGUCAGACAGCUUGGCCAUUCUGGAGGGACCCCCUGCGCCAGGGGAGGCUCCCACGAUUCCACGGCCGGCGUCCAGGUCCGCAGAGAUUUUCGGGCGCUUGGACUCUCUGGAGGCACGCGUGGCGGCCUUGGAGCAGCGCAAAGGCGGCAGCAAAGCCGAAGGCGAGGGCGGCUUGGGUGUCGCUCCGACGGAGCCGACGGAAGCGGGGAGGACGGCCAGUCCCGCAGAAGCUGAGGCCGAAGUCCGCGGGCUUGCGACGGGGCCUGAAGCUGAGGAAAGCGAGCGCGAGCGCUUUGCGCCAGAAGUGCCGGAGCUCACCGGCGAGGAACAGGCAACUGGAUGCCUUGAGUGGAAUGGGGAACCUGGAGACUGGGACGAGAAACUCACAUUCUUGGGAGACCAUGUGCAGGCUGCCACACCAGAGCAAGCAGAGCUGCUCAGUGGAAUUGUCAAAGAUGUGAAGUAUUGUUUGAAGAGGUGCGAGCUCCUGUUCCAGCUUCCUGAGAUCAAGGGAUUCAUCAAGCGUUUCCAGGCAUCCCUCCAUGUCAACGCCGUCCUGCAAGAUCGUUGGCUCGGCCCGGGUGGCCGCAGCCGAGGGUUUUUCGACGAUGAAGAUCUCUUCGAGGGCUCCUCCCGGAUACGGCCCUCGACCUCCGCAGUCGACCUGUCCCUUUCCAACCUCUCCACGGACCCGAUCACCCGGGUGCGCCGGAACGAGGCUCCCAACAAGCGUCCCUUCCGCACGGUGACGGACUGGGCACGGCCCCACACGCCCCUGACAGUGGACCCAGUGCUGAAGACCUCCACCCCAAGCCUGCCAGACAUACUUCCACCUAAAUAG